AUGUCCUCCUCCGCGGCGCGUGAUGGAGACGCGUCGCGUCCACGCUCCGGCAUCUUGACGCCGUCCUCCGGUGCCAGCCUGAACCGCCGUCGUGAUGGCCGCAGCGUCUCCCCCGAGGGAUGGAAGCCACGGCGCGCCGAUGCGGCCGCCAUGGACCAUCUGCUGAAGCCUUUGAUCGCUGUCAAGCCGCACCCGCCCAAGCUGCACGUCCAACCGCGCAUCUUGCAGCCUCUGAUGCUUGUGCCGCGCGAGCAUCUUCCCCUGGCCUUCUUCGACUUCGCCGCCGCCGACGGUGAGUGGCCGCAGUCUCGUUUCUACGAAUCCCACGUCAAGAUUCUGGAUCUCGAGCGUCGCGUCGGUUCCUCGCCUAGCCUUCUGCUCGCUCGCCACGACGCCAAAGGCAUCGUCUACGCCCUCGAAAGACAGGAGAAUGGUCUCUACGUGCUGUGCAGGCUGGGACCGUGGGUCGACCUCGAGGCUCUGGCGACCAAGGCCACCGCGCUCUCGCAUGAAAGACUCCGGCCGGCUAGGCAGGCGAGAAAUGAGCUCGAGACGGUGACGGCAAUCACGACGCCCCGAAUCCACAAGGAGCAGAAGAAAAAGAGAGCGGCCAUAGAGGCCAUCCAAUCUCUCGUGAGGAAACGACCAAAGCCUCAGUCUGCGUCGCAACCCGACCAUGCCGUCCAGCCCCAAAGCCAACUGCCGACGCCGGACACGACCAAGUGGGAGGAGCAACAGUUGGCCGCGCUAUCGAGCACGCCGUCGAGGGACCCGUUGGAAGAUGUCGCCCCUCCCACGACGCAGCAGACGGCGGACAGCAUUGUUGAAAAUAUCCGUACCCAGUAUUUUGAGGCCCUCUAUCGGUCCAUGGGGUCGUUGGCCUACUUUGCCAAGGGUCCGCUCUCUCGAGCAAGAUCGGCUUUCCACUUGGACCUGGAGUCCAAUUUGGACAUGACAGACCUCGUAGACUUCCUCAAGAGUUUGGUUCUCACCACGGUCCAGAUCGACAAAAAGUAUCGAGACACGAUCCCCGGUGUCAUAGCAAAGAUGACGAGCCACGUCGACACCUCGGACGAGGGUGCCAGGCGAAAGAGGAAGCCAAAGAAGAUGAGACUCGGCAAGGAUGGUCUCUACCCCCUCGAGGAUGCGACCAUCUGCAAUUGGUGGACGGCGAACAAGCCAGCGCUCGACAAUGACCAGGCCGGCCUUUCGACGUCGCAAGUCAAGUCGCGCAUUUCUCGACUGCGAACAAGAGAGACGCAGCUUCAGAUGAUCAUCAUUCUCGAAAUCCUCGCCUUGGAACCGUUGACAUCUGCCGGCGACACUUGCGAGAGCAGUUUGCCUCCGUUACCGGGCGCCCUAUCCCCAGAACAAGCUCACCAGAUGGCGCCUCCUCCCAAGAAGCGCAGCAAGCACAAUCUCCCCGUAUUGGUCGACGUACACGCCGACCGCCUCACCAUCUGGCAGUCGACCGCCUCGGACGAGCAGCUCUCACUGGAAGAUUCUCAGGCAGCUCAGCCGCCUUUCGACGGCCAGGUGACGCAGAAGGCCUCGUCCGAGCCGUUGAAGGAUUUCUGCGUCGAUGUCAUCGUGCCCUUCUUCUCUGCUCGCUUGCCGGAACUGUGCUCCUCGAUCAACCGGAAACUCGGAGGCCCCGUCAUUGCCUCUCCGCUCAACUCGAGGGCGACCAAACGUGGUUCGGGUGCUCGAGACCAACAGCCGAAGCCGGGUUCGGUGACGAAGCGACCGACGCCGUCGAACAGCAACCCCAGGAGAACCCUGCAACGAGCAUUGUCUACCGACCAACAGCACCGGAGAAGCGUCUCGCGGGGCCCCAGCAACGUCAUUGCGCUUAUGCGAUCUGCGACGUCCACGUCGGUUCCAGCUGUCAAGCGAGAGGGUAGCGAGCCUGCCUCGAUAAAAUCUCUGCCAAAAGGAGAAGCCAGCUCAUCAAGGCAAAGGCAGCCAACUCUUUUCCGUACCUCGACCAUGACUAGCUUGCAGGAUGCAAAGGCGAGCAAGGAGGCUUUGGUCGAGGCCGAGUUGAAGGAUGCAAUAUCGGCGCUGAGGAAGCCGAACCGCGGCGUGGUAGGUAAGGCCAUGGCGGAGGCGGACGAACGCCGAGCCGUCGCCGGCUUAUUUGUGAAGAAAGCAAGAAAGCAGCCUCGAGCCUCAUCCAGUUCCGUUGUGAAGGCGACACCUGCCAACAACCGCUUCCGGGAUGUUUUGGCAGAGAAGCAUGAACCUGACGAGGAAGCGAUGUCGCACGAUGGGAUGGAAGAGAUGAUUCCCCCUUCUAGUGUUUGCAACUUGGUGCCAUCGACGAGUUCACGAACCGGCCAUUGGAACGCCUUCCUCGGCAGUACCCCCCCUGCACUUGAGCUGGUCGGAGGCACGCCCAUCCGGCCGUCGACCCAGCCGAGCUUUAUUCGGCGACCUCCCGUCGCGGAACCGGCAAUGUCGCCCUCGUCUCCGCUCAUGGACAGGAGGAUGGUGGGAGGAGACAGCCUCUCCAUUCCCGGAAGCGCCGAGAAACUGCGAGCUCGGCAGAGCGCUGCGAGGUGGCAGCAGCAAGAGCACAUCCUCGCAACGCCGGUCAAACGGCCAGCGUCGCGACCGGAGCCGAUGGAUGGCCCGGCGAAUGGGCCAUCACAGCACACGGGAUCGAUAUAUCAACAACUUGGAUGGGACGAUGACUUUGACGACUUGUAA